AUGACCGACCAGAAGCAACUCACCCUCUUCGUGGACUUCUACGUCCAUCCUGACCGAAUCGAAGAAUGGAAAGCCGCCCAUCGUCCUGUGUGGGAAGCAUGUGGAAAUGAGCCAGAAUGUCUCCUUUUCGACGUGUUCCAUGACCCAGAUGAUCCAGGUCACUUUCGACUCGUGGAAAUAUGGAACGCCGAUAGACAAUGGUUUGAGACGAAGCAGCUCACCAAGCCUUACUACGCAACUCUGUGGGAGAAAUCGAGACCGACAUGGCAGAAGGAGGUUGUCAUCAAGUAUUUUGAGCGACUCGGUGAAGGGAGUCGGUACCGGAGGAGAUUUCUGGAAGGUGGAGAGCUCAUGGAUUGA